UUUCGCGCAUUGGAAAAUUAACUUAGAAGUUUAAACCCUUAUAUAAAUAAGGGAUUUUGAAAAGAAAAAGGAAAUGGAAAACUGAUAAGAUUGGGGGAAUGGCGAUGAAGAUGGAGGAGGAGGAGGAGGAGCGAGGGAAAGUCAGGGCUUUGAUAGAAAAAGCCACGAACUCAACGGCCGCCGAGGUUGAUCAACGCCUUCUCAAAUCAAUCAAAUCGGUGGUCCAGUUCUCCGAUUCGGAACUCCGAGUCGCCGCCCAUACCCUUAUGGACCUCAUGAAACGCGAUCACUCCCAGGUGCGUUAUCUCACGCUUCUUAUAAUUGAUGAACUUUUCAUGCGGUCUAAGCUUUUUAGAACCCUUCUGGUUGAGAACUUGGAUCAGUUCUUGGCUUUAAGCGUCGGCUUCAGAAGAAAUAUGCCGCUUCCAGCUCCUCCAGCUAUUGCAUCCACUUUGCGUUCUAAGGCAAUUGAAUUCUUGGAGAAGUGGAAUGCGUCUUUUGGGAUUCAUUACAGACAGCUUAGGUUAGGUUUUGAUUAUCUUAAGAAUACUCUCAGGUUCCAGUUUCCGAACCUACAAGAGAAUGCUGCCAGGAUAGAACGAGAGAGAAGGGAAAGAGAGCAUAGGACGCAAGAGAUUUUACAGAACAAGUUUGAAACGCUGAAGAUGAAUUUUAGUUCUGUUAAGGAAGAAAUACAGUCAACGGUUGAUGAGAUUGGGGAGUGUUUAGAUAUUGUUCGUACUAAAGAGGAAAGUGUGCCACUUGGCCUCUUGGAUGAUGAAGAUUUUGUAGAGUUCCGUUCUUCUGAAUUGAGGCAGAUCCGUCUUGAUUCAUUAAAGGAAGGAGAAAAGGUUCAUGAGAACAGUGAAAACAAAGUGGUUUUCGAUGCAUUAAAGGAGCUGUAUAAGCUUUUAGUAACAAAGCAUCUGGUUGCCAUACAAGAAUGGAUUUCUCUUCUUAUAAAGGUUGAAGUGGCUGACAACAGGUUGCGAGAUUCCAUGUUGAAGGAGUUGAUUGAUAUCCGAAAUCGUCUCCUAUCCGUGAAGAAGGAUUGUGAAGAAUCAGGUUGUGCUCUACCAAAAACUGUGAAAAAUAACCAAAAACAGGAAGAGGACUUCUGGGAGGAAGAUAAUAUUGGAUCAACUGAGAAGGGAAGUUCUACUGAACAUGUGAAGCUACAGGAGGCACAAAGUUCCAAUGAUGAAGAGAAAACUAAAUCUAUUGAGGAUAGGAAUUCUAAGAAAUCCAAUAAACGAAGUGAAAAUCUUGCUAAAGUAUCAGCCUCUAGAAAGGUGAAAGAUGCUAAAGAAUGCAGUAACUUAUCUAAGGGCAAAGAGUCUCUAGGUAGUGAAACCUCUAUUAGGAGUAAGCUUUUGGCUGAAGCUCCAGUUGUCAAGUGGGGUUCUUUCUUGGACAAUUGGGGCACGGUCUCUAAUAGGGAUAUGUUGGCUAAUCAGAGAGGCUUGGAGGUUGAGAAUCACUGGGGAAGAGUAGAUUAUGAUGCUGUAAUUCCGGCAGAGAAAAUUGCAGAAUUGAAUCUUCAGGCGACUGUUUACCAAGAAAAGUUAGGAGAAAUCCAACCAUGCCGUGCACCUUUGAGCAAAGGUGGACUUUGUCAGAGAAGAGAUAUGAGGGUUUGCCCAUUUCACGGGCCUAUUAUACCCCGAGAUGAGGAAGGAAACCCGAUCAAUCAGAAUUUUUCAACAGGUGAUACAAAUCCUGAUUUAGGGUCUGAUUUAGCAGAGCAAUUAGCAAAACAAGCUGUGACGAAUGUUAGGGAGCGAGAUAAGGAGGAAGUGAGGAAGAGAAGACUUGAUAAACAGUCAUUACGUCGGGCAAAGCUUGCUAAAGUUCGGGAGCACAAUGAAGCUGUUAUUCGUGAUGCUGCAAUAACUUCAACAUCAAGAUCUGCAAUUGUUGGAGAAGAUAUGGAGGAAACUAUUGGGGAGAAAUCAGUGGGGAGAAACAAACAAACUCUGGCAUCCAUGCUGCGGAGGAAAGUUACCAGUAGAGACAGGCUAGCUCAGAGACUUCUGAAUACCGGGGCAACAGAUGCAACAAUAACACAGAUGACCCAGGGUGAGGAUGCAACUUAUAGAGAAGCCUUUCCCAAUCAGUGGUAGAUGGUUUCCUUUUUAAGUUUUUAGGCAUUUCUUGGAGGGUAAAUGCGCAUAAAUGCAUAGGCUAGUACUGGACAAACAAUUGCAGUGGUAAUAGUGUCCCUGUGCAUAUACAAGCAUAAACUGAUCGAAUGUUAUUGCAUUGAUUAGGAUACUAGAUUGAAAUUUCUCUAUGAGCCUGGGGAAUCUAGCUAUGUCAUUUGGGAUUCAGGGAUGAUGAAGCAUUUAAGCGGAGCAGUUAUAUGGUUAAUUUUGUAACAUACAUGGUUUUUGUUCGUUUUUGGAAGAUAUUUUUACAGAUUUUUGGAGAUAAAUAAAGAGCUAGAAUGUUGGAUCGUUUUUUAUACAAUAAAGGAGGUUUUUCCUCAUUUCGAACUCCAUUCUAUUUCUUGAUCUCAAUAUCUCAAUGUCUUCCAAAGAUGUUACUCAAUGGGUUAUUGGAAACUGAAUCAAGAAUGCUUAACAAAUUAACCUCAUUGAAGCAACUAUAUUAUUCUGUUUACUUGUUAUUACAGGUCGAGUUUGGUUGGUUGCUUGCAUGAAAAAUUACUUUAUUGUACAGUUAAAAUUAAGAAAAUGAAAUUGCCAAGUAAUUUUUCAACUGCGUUAGAAACAAAUGAAGAAGGUUAUCAUGAUCUGUCUGGUCUAAGUGAUAAGCUGUACCAUAGAAACAAACCUGUUUCAAAUAGCAGAUUGGAUGGCAAAUCAUAGUUCUUAGUUACUGUAAAAUACUAA